UUAUUUUUCAACAAGAGGAAAUUAAUUUCUUUUCUUUGAUUUGUGUACAGGUUCUAGUAAAUACUGCUUGCUGUGUUUUGAUGUUGGUGGCUAAGCUAAUCCAAUGUAUUGUGUUUGGCCCUCUUCGAGUGAGUGAAAGACAGCACCUCAAAGACAAGUUUUGGAAUUUUAUUUUCUACAAGUUCAUUUUCAUUUUUGGUGUGCUGAAUGUCCAGACAGUGGAAGAAGUGGUCAUGUGGUGCCUCUGGUUUGCUGGACUGGUAUUUCUGCAUCUGAUGGUUCAGCUCUGCAAGGACCGGUUUGAAUAUCUCUCUUUUUCCCCCACCACACCGAUGAGUAGCCACGGUCGAGUUCUGUCUCUAUUGAUUGCCAUGCUGCUUUCCUGCUGUGGGUUAGCGGUUGUCUGUUGUGUCACAGGCUACACCCAUGGGAUGCACACGUUGGCUUUCAUGGCUGCAGAGUCUCUUCUUGUAACAGUGAGGACUGCUCAUGUGAUUUUACGAUAUGUAAUUCACCUGUGGGACCUCAACCAUGAAGGGACAUGGGAAGGAAAGGGAACAUAUGUCUAUUAUACGGAUUUUGUCAUGGAGCUCACUCUCUUGUCCCUGGACCUCAUGCACCAUAUUCACAUGUUGUUAUUUGGCAACAUCUGGUUAUCCAUGGCCAGCUUAGUCAUCUUUAUGCAGCUGCGUUACCUGUUUCAUGAGGUGCAGCGUCGAAUCCGCCGGCACAAGAACUAUUUACGAGUGGUUGGAAACAUGGAAGCCAGGUUUGCGGUUGCAACUCCAGAGGAGCUGGCUGUCAAUAACGAUGACUGUGCCAUCUGCUGGGAUUCCAUGCAGGCUGCAAGGAAGCUGCCUUGUGGUCAUCUUUUCCACAACUCCUGUCUUCGUUCCUGGCUAGAACAAGACACUUCCUGCCCAACGUGCAGGAUGUCUCUUAAUAUUGCUGACAGUAAUCGUGUCAGGGAAGACCAUCAAGGAGAGAACUUGGAUGAGAAUUUGGUUCCUGUAGCUGCAGCCGAAGGCAGACCUCGCUUAAACCAACACAAUCACUUCUUCCACUUUGACGGGUCCCGGAUUGCGAGUUGGCUGCCGAGUUUUUCAGUCGAAGUGAUGCAUACCACCAACAUUCUAGGCAUUACGCAAGCGAGCAACUCCCAGCUUAAUGCAAUGGCUCAUCAGAUUCAAGAAAUGUUUCCCCAGGUUCCAUACCACCUAGUGCUGCAGGACCUCCAGUUGACACGCUCAGUUGAAAUCACAACAGACAACAUUUUAGAAGGACGGAUUCAAGUACCAUUUCCCACACAGCGGUCAGAUAGCAUUAGACCUGCACUGAACAGUCCUGUGGAAAGGCCAAACGGUGACCAGGAGGAGGGAGAAGCUUCUGCUCAGACUGAGCGCGUUCCACUGGACCUCAGUCCUCGGCUGGAGGAGGCGUUGGACUUCAGCGAGCUGGAAGCUGAGCCCAGUGAAGGGGAGGACUUUGAGGCCCGGGGGAGCCGCUUCUCCAAGUCUGCUGACGAGAGACAGCGCAUGCUAGUGCAGCGGAAGGACGACCUCCUGCAGCAAGCUCGGAGGCGUUUCUUGAACAGAAGUUCUGAAGAUGACUCAGCCUCAGAGAGCGGUCUCCCCUCUGAAGGCACGACCUCUGACCCCGUGACCCUGCGUCGAAGGAUGCUGGCUGCUGCCGCGGAAAGGAGACUUCAGAAGCAGCAGACCUCCUAGCGCUUCCUCGCCUCCCCGCUGCCUCGUCUGGAGCCACGCUCCCACCGGGAGGCUUGUCCUCAGUUUGCCUGCUGUUUGAAGAAGUGGGCUUGACUGCAUUGCCGCUGUAUAAAGCAUGUGGUCUUAAUAGUGUUUGGACAGCUGACAAAUUUAAUCCUUUUUUGUAAUACUUUCUAUGUGACAUUUCUCUUCCCUUUAGAAACCUUGCACUUGUUAACUCUAGGCAUGAUCUCUUCUGCAUUGACCGGACUUUGAGGGGGCGGGGGAAGAUCAAGAGGAAGUGGAGACCCUGAAGCAGGCAGCUUCAGUGACUGCCUUAUGCAGAAGUCACAGCAAACGCUGGUGUCUUUAGCUCCAGAUUUGGCAAGAAGUGUGUGUGUGAUGGAGGGUGGGAGUGGGGGUGGCAGGAGGAGCAGGGGGCAGGAUCCGUAAAGAGCAGUGUGAGCCUGACUCCACUCCGCUGGAUGAUCUUGCUGUCUGACUACUGUUCUUAGUGAGGAGGCAUUCAAAGUGUCACAGAGGCCAAACCUAUGGGCCCCUGGGCCCCUGGGUCAGCAGGACAUCUUGGAAAAACAAUGCUUGGUUUGAUACAUGGAGCAGAGGAGGGGAAAGCCCAGGGACGUAGUGGGAGGGGAUCACCCGUCAUGUCUCAGUACAUUCGGGACUGACUUUCUGAGCCCCCGAUCCAAAGCUGGCUUUAUUUCCGUUAACGCUGGUGCUCCCGCAUCUCACGAGUACACCCUGUGUGUCUGUCCUCUCCUUGCACCCCCCACCCCCAACCCCCGACGUGGGGAAGGUCAGUACUGAAAGGGUUAAGCAGCAAGCUUUGAUUCAUGGUUUUAAUUCCUUGGUCAAGUAAAUUAGGCAAUGCCAAAGGCUGUGGGUUUGGUCCUUGGAGAAAAUGCGAGCCUUACAAGAUAGGAGAGUAAAUUUUGGGGGGCUUUACUGAAGAAAUAAAAGAUAUCUUUUGUAUCUUUCUUCCCCGGAGCCCUUCAUUUUCAUGACUUUGUUCCUGUUGGUUUAAUUAAACAUAGAAAGGUAAGAUGUUGAGUCCGCCUGCUUUGGAGCAGACCCAGGUCUGAACUUUUUCAAAUCCUCAACACAUUUAACUUGAAGGAUUUGAAACAUGCAAUCAUAAUAGGUUACACAGUUCAGUUUUAUGUCCUUUCGGAUUAAGUUUUUUUUAAUGUUUGAAGCAUAGUUUUAUGGUAGACCUUUUGGGAAGAAUCCAGUGUUAUCUAAAAUUAUUGUCAAAGUUAAAUGUAUUUUACAUAACUGAAAGUUUUUAGAAUGUUGAGAAGUAAUUGCAAAUAGAGUGAUGAGUAAAUGUUUAGGCUGAGAUAAUUUAUUUCAAAUAAAUGUUUCAAAAGCCUUAUCUUGAAAUGCUGUUAGUAAAUUUCUGUGAUUUUUUUUCCUUUUAAAAUUUGUUUUGUUUUGCUGAAAGCGUAGCUAUUUGUUUUUAUUGUAAAACAAUAAUAAUAAAAGGCAAACUAGCCUAG